CUUGUCAAUGACAUCAGCGCCUGGGUGAUGAGCUUCCAUAUAUUCAAAUGCUUAUUGAAUCAAAUCCCGGUCAAACCCUUCACGCCCAAGUCACAAGAAUUUUAUUUUAUUUUGACAUUAAGUCACAAGAAUUAAUCUAGUACAAAACGCACACUGCCCAGAUGACUGCAUUCAUCUAUCAUCAUCGAUUGACUUGUUCAGACAACAGGAGAAAUUCAGGAAUUGCUCGGGAUUAUGGCCGCCGGCGGCGGGAUUCCGGCCACCAUGCGCGCGGUGCAGUACACCGGCUACGGCGGCGGCGCCGGUGCCCUCAAGUUUCACUUCAGCACGUGGAAAUCCCUGUUCCUUCGGUGAAGAAACAUGAAGUUCUUAUUAAAGUCGAAGCUGCAAGCGUUAACCCGAUUGAUUGGAGUAUUCAGAAAGGGAUGCUACGCCCAUUUCUUCCCAAGUUUCCAUUUAUUCCAGUGACUGAUGUUGCCGGGGAGAUUGUGGAGGCUGGUUCUGCAGUACAUGAGCUCAAAGUUGGUGACAAAGUUUUGUCCAAACUGAACUUCUGGGUAAUUUCAAACAUCCAGUUUGUUCAUGAUUCAUCUCAUAAAGGAGGAGGCCUCGCUGAGUAUGUCGCUGCACCGGAGAGCCUCACCGUCGUCCGCCCCGCCGGAGUUUCCGCCGUCGACGCGGCCGGGCUGCCGGUCGCAGGCCUCACAGCUCUCAAGGCCCUCAUGUCCAUCGGGACCAAAUUCGACGGCACCGGCGGCACCGGCGCCAACGUGCUGAUCACCGCUGCCUCCGGCGGCGUCGGCACCUACGCCGUCCAGCUCGCCAAGCUCGGCAACCACCGCGUCACCGCCACCUGCGGCGCCCGCAACAUGGACCUCGUCCGCUCCCUCGGCGCCGACGAGGUCCUCGACUACAAUACCCCCCAAGGCGCCGCCCUGACGAGCUCGGCCUCCGACGAGAAGUACGACUACAUCAUCAACACCGCCAUGAACGUCAACUGGUCGGCGAUGAAGCCGACCCUGAGCAGCCGUGGUAGGGUGGUGGACAUAACACCAAACCCCGGGAACUACGUCGCGGCGAUGCUGACCAUGUUUGCCAGGAAGAAGAUAACCAUGAUGGCCCUCAUGUCGCUGGGGAAGGAGGAGAUGAGGUUUCUGAUGGAGCUCGUCGGAGAAGGGAAGCUCAGGACGGUGGUCGACUCGCGGUGUCCGUUCGAGAAGGCGGCGGAGGCGUGGGAGAAGAGCAUGGGCGGCCAUGCCACGGGUUGCUGGGCUCAAACAUAUGCGAACUUUGAUGGAGUGGCCAAAAUGCUUUGGUGGCUGUUGGGUACUGUCAUGUGCUUUUGAACAGGUUUUAAUUAUGUUGUAUGAGAUAUGCUAAAAAAUUAUGUUGUAUGAGAUGUGAAGGUUGUAAUGUGUUUUUAUAAUAUUUAUGUGCUGAUCUAUAACUAUUUUGUUACUGAUGAUGAGAGAAUGUCAACUGAUGAUCAGUAAUUAAUUUUGCUAAAAUUAUGGACGAAAUAUUUGUAUUUGCUAAAUUUAGCAGCAGCUGAAUUUUUGUUGGGCUAAAA